AUGGGUCCAAAAGGCUCUGUCGCCACUCCUGCAGGAGGACCUUCCAAACCAACCAUGGAACCAAUCAGGCGGUCUACAAGGAAUAAAGGUGCAAGCACUGAAAAGAAGAAGCAACAGGAAGAGGAACGAGCAAAAGCCUCGGCAGGCAAAGCAAAACCCAAACCUGCAGCUGGCAAGUCAGCUACAGGUAUACAGGGAACCCAGUCUCGUAGCAAUGGCCGUGGCCGCGGUGCAAAGAAAAUAGCACCAGAAGAAGAACUUACAGACGUACCCGCGAAAAAAAAUUCUACUGCUACACGAAAGCCUGCACCGAAAAAAGGAACAAUUCCCGCUAAUAAGCCAAACACUAAGAAACCUAGAAAGAGCAAGAAGCAAGUUCUGUUUGAACAGGAGGGAGAGGAUGGAGAAGAGUCCGCUGAAGAAAGUACGGAUGGAGAAGAGUCCGCUGAAGAAAGUACGGAUGGAGAAGAAGUAGCUCCUGCUCCUGUGAAGAAGAAGAAGAAGAAGGUAGAAAGGCUUAAGUCCGCUCCCACUCAACAAGGGAGGAAGAGGAAGUCGGGGGCAGCUGCAGCAUCCCAGCCUGCUGUCAAAAGGCGAAAGAUUGCUGUACCAAAAAGUGGCAAGGGCAAAGGCAAUCGGGAGUCCGAUUCAUCUCCAGAGCUUGAUGAAGACGAAGAAUCGGAUGAGGAGCCAGAGGAAAGUGACAAAGGGGAGGAAGGGGAAGUAGAAGAAGAGGAGCAGGUCCAAGAACAGCCCGCCAAAAGGCCUAAGAACAAGGGUAAAAUUGCCCAUACCGGUAGAAAGAAUCCGCGCGUAACUCGCCCCAAGGACGAAGAAGACGAGGAAGAUAUCCACUACCUCCCCGAUUUCAAAACCGCAGACGACUUCGACAAAACUUCUCCCGGAAUCACUUAUAAUUCGUCACCAUCAGAGGAAGUCCCGAAUGUCACCAUUCCGGUCGGAUUCAGGGUUAAAGUCACGGCCUUCGAAAUCACACGAAUUGAGUCGAAGACUGAGAGUUCACUGUUCGAGUGUAACUGCAAGCAAUACAAAAGCUGCACAUUUCUCAAGACAUGCAAGCACCUCCUCCUUAUUAAUGGCCCGCGCUUCGAAAAGAAGCGCUUGAAUGAGAUAAAGGCGAAGCUGGAUGGUAAAAACUCUAGCGACGUCACCCAAGAAGGCCUCGAGGUGGCGCCCGCCAAAUCUACAGAGACAAUUGAGGGCCCAGCGGCCGCAGGUGGCCAGCCACCCUCAGAAUCCCCUCCUGCAGUCGAGGACGAGGAAUCCACACAAAUGGACGUAGACGGCGAGGAGGAUGGCAUUUCGGGUCAGUAG